UUCUCUUCUCCAAUUAUAACAAAAACCUCAAACCCAAUCUUCUCCUUUCAAUCUCCAAACAGAAAAACACACAUUUCUAAACAAUCCCAGAAAACAGAAAACAGAGCAAAAAUGUUUAACUUCAGCUUCUCAUCGGAAAAUCAAGAUUUGUUUGCCCGGCGGUGCGUGUGGGUGAACGGGCCAGUGAUCGUCGGCGCCGGGCCGUCGGGGCUGGCCGUCGGCGCGUGCCUGAAAGAGCAAGGGGUUCCCUUCGUGAUCCUAGAAAGAGCGGAUUGCAUUGCAUCUUUGUGGCAAAACCGCACUUAUGAUCGCCUGAAACUUCACCUCCCCAAGCAGUUUUGUCAGCUCCCGAAAUUCCCGUUCCCCGACCACUACCCGGAGUACCCGGACAAAAAACAGUUCGUGCGAUACCUCGAAUCCUACGCGAAAAACUUCGACCUUAAACCUCAGUUCAACGAGUGCGUGAUGUCCGCCAAGUUCGACGAGGCUUGCAAAGUGUGGCGCGUCAAGACUACGGCCGCUGCUGCGGGUGGGGAAGAGGUCGAGUAUAUUUGCCAGUGGCUUGUAGUCGCCACCGGCGAGAAUGCUGAGCGCGUGGUGCCGGAAAUUGACGGUUUGAAGGAUUUCGACGGCGAGGUCAUCCACGCCUGCGAUUACAAGUCCGGCGAGAAGUUCCGCGGCCGGAAAGUCCUCGUCGUCGGCUGUGGAAACUCCGGCAUGGAAGUUUCUCUUGAUCUAUGUAACCAUGACGCUAAACCCGCCAUGGUUUGCCGUAGCUCGGUUCAUGUAUUGCCAAGAGAAAUCAUGGGAAAAUCGACGUUCGAACUGGCGGUGUUGAUGAUGAAAUGGAUUCCUUUGUGGCUAGUGGACAAGAUUCUCCUCGUACUGGCAUGGAUAAUCCUCGGAAACAUCGAAAAGUACGGCCUAAAACAGCCGAAAACUGGCCCACUGGAACUCAAGAACACACAGGGAAAAACCCCUGUUCUUGACAUUGGCGCAUUGGAAAAGAUCAGAUCCGGGAAAGUCCAAGUAGUCCCCGGAAUCAAGAAUUUCUCCGCCGGAACGGUGGAGCUCGUCACCGGCGAACGCCUCGAAAUCGACUCCGUCGUUCUGGCCACCGGAUACCGUAGCAAUGUCCCAUACUGGCUUCAGGAAUCAGAAUUUUUCUCCAAAAAUGGAUACCCAAACGCACCAUUCCCAAAUGGUUGGAAGGGCAAAUCCGGACUUUACGCAGUCGGGUUCACAAGGAGAGGGCUUUCUGGUGCAUCAGCUGAUGCAGUCAAAAUAGCACAAGACAUCAGCAAAGUUUACAAAGAAGAUCUCAAGCAAAAGAAGCAAAAAGUUCCCACACACCGACGAUGCAUUUCUACCUUUUAAUAAACCGGGAAAGCUAGGAUUAAGUAUUCUCGGGAUAUCACGUUGGGAUUCACCUGUUCCAUCGGAUAAAUGCUGGCAUGAUAUCCUUCUAUUAUUCCCUUCUUUUUUUGAUAAUUAACCCGAGUUUACUAGGACAAAAAAGUAAAGAAAGUAACUGUCAGUAGUGUAUAAUUAAGUGUGUAAUUGUAAAGCAAAAAAGCAAGUACAGUUUUAGAGUAUGUAAUCCUAAACUACAGUUUAGGAUUUUGGUCAGCCCUCUCCAGAAAAGCCCAAGGAGUUUUGUUAAGGUUGGGCGUUUUGUAUACUAGGAUGAUGAGGCGUUUUAUGAUGUCUUUUUACCCAUACAGAUUAAUCAAAAUGAGAAAAAAAAAAUGCAAUCUUUC